GACUCCCUGUCGAGGCUGUUCUCUCGCUGCGGGCACGUCCAGUCCGUGGACAUCUGCGACAAGCCGGAGCCCGCACAGAAGAAAGAAAAACUGACGUCCAAAUUCUUCAACUGCAAAACCGCAAAGGGAUUUCAGGUCGCAUAUGUGGUGUUCAAGAAGCCAUCUGGUGUCCAGGCAGCCAAGGCUCUGUCACAGAAAGGUCCCUUGCUGAUCUCAACUGAGUGUCACCCUGUGAAAACCGGCAUCAGGAAGUGGAUCGCCAGCUACGCGGCCUCCAUCGUGGAUCCAGAGGAACUGAAGGCUGAGGUGGACGCCUACAUGCAGGACUAUGAUAAAAAGAUAGCAGAGGAGGAGGCCCGUGCGGCAGAGGAGGAGGGUGUCCCUGACGAGGAGGGCUGGGUGAAGGUGACGCGGCGGGGCAGGAGGCCCGGCCUGCCCCGCACCGAGGCUGCCAGCCUGCGGCUCCUGGAGAGGGAGAGGCGGAAAAGGGCCCGCAAGGAGCUGCUCAACUUCUACGCCUGGCAGCAUCGGGAGACCAAGAGAGAACAUAUCGCUCAGCUGAGGAAGAGGUUUGAGGAGGACAAGCAGAGGAUCGCGCUGAUGCGAGCCCAGCGCAAGUUCCGGCCCUACUAA